UAAAUAUCCAAGAUGAGCACAUCAGGGAUCACAAUCACCUUGAGUCCACUAGUAAUCAUGAACAUUACUGACCAUUACACUAGAAUGAGAUACAUCAAGGAGUCCUUGGAAGCCAAGGUGUUUGGAGUCCUCCUUGGGAAACAAGAAGGAAAGAACAUCAGAGUGCUCCAUAGCUUCGAAACUAAGUUUGAUGAGGAACAGAUGGCCAUUGAUAAGCCUUAUACUAAUAGAAGACUCACUUCUUAUACCAAGUUAUUCGAUGAUUUCGAGUUUUUAGGGUGGUACACUACUUGCACUAGUGAAUCAGAGGAAGACUCAAGCGAACUAGAGCAGAGCGUAUACAAACAAUUUGAGGUUUUCAGAGAAAAUCCCCUAUUCCUUAAGAUGAACGUAUCUUUAGAAAGAAGACUCGAAGAGGAGAAGAAGGGUCACUCCAAAAAGGACAUGUCACUGUCUAUAUUUGAGAAAAAUGAUACUAAAAAGUUAGUUAAAUGUGACUAUAUGGUUGAACCAACUGAAACAGAAAGGAUUGCACUUGAUGAUGCCAAGAAGGAUAUCAGUUCUGCCAAGGAUAAGUCACAGCUUAGCGUUAACUUGACAACUACUCUGAACUCAAUUAAGCUCCUGAGGAAGAGUGUGAUGUCUUUGAUACAGAUGAUCCAAAAUAUGCCAGAAAUCAAGAAAAAUCAUGAAAUUAUGAGACAGAUUACAAGUAUUUGCAAUAGACUUCCUCUUGUUAGUGAUAAGAAUGAAUAUAGUGGGGAGCUAUUCACAGAAUACUCUGAUAUCCUUCUGAUUAACCAAUUAGGUGUACUUAACAAAGCUGUUGAACAAGUGCAGGAGUUUAAUGGGCAUAAAACAUUAAAAUCUAUCGAAGAAAUAUUUUAG